GCAUUUUUUAAGAAAAAUUGGAAUAUUGUGGGGGAGGAUGUGAUCCGGUCGACUAAGGAGUUCUUUAACUCGGGAAGGUUGCUUAAACAGUUAAAUCAUACUGUUAUAGCACUGAUUCCUAAAACUAGUUGAUGGAGUAUAUGGCCUAGGGACCCCCGGCCCACAUACUUCCUCUACUACAAUCAGGCCCAACAGGCCCAAACGGGCCAAGCCCAGAAAAAUGGAGCUCUAAGCAGCCCACAAAACGCAAAGGGGUGCCUUCGGCCCCAUGGCCGAAGGCUACCAGUGACGGAAUCGAGCUCAGAAACAUCACGGGAGAACAAGGCUUGAAAACCAAGCCUUCGGCACCUGCAGCCCUCGGCAGGUAGGAGCCCUCGGUUAGAAGAGCCUUCGGCCCAGCACCCUUCAGCCGAAGGCAUCCACCUCGACAGAAUAUCCUCUUCACAUGCGCCUGGAUCACCGUACCAAGUACAAACGUCACAUCCAACCACCGCAUUUAAUGCGGCCACAUGCAAGUGCCAGUGCCACCCCGGUCGAGGUGACCCCUCGACCACCAGAAAACUGACACGUGUCCUUAUCUAGCAUUUAUUACUACUAUAAAUAACACCCCUUUCCCUCAUUGUAAACCACGCUUAAUACAUAUCGAAUAUACACUCUCUCUUACUUAUUUGCUCUGACUUCUCUCUAGUUAUUCCCCGCAAUAACCCCUCGGAUAAGCUACCCCCCGGGUACACUAUCCAUCACUAGUCACUCCCCUAAGGUCUUGGAUUAUAGGCCUAUUUCAUGUACUAAUGUGCUUUACAAGAUUAUUACAAAAAUUAUUGCGGCAAGAAUGAUCCCGACCCUUGCGAGUUUGAUUAACAAGGCACAAGUGCAUUUGUGGAUGGCUGCCUAAUGUUUGAUAACAUUUUCCUUGCCCAGGAACUUGUUAGAGGAUACAAUAGGAAGCGAAUUUCACCUCGUUGUAUGAUAAUGGUGGAUUUGCGAAAGGCCUAUGAUACUCUCUCGUGGGACUUUAUUGCCAAUGUUCUUAGGGGUUUGGGCUACCCCGAUAGAUUUGUGGGAUGGAUUAUGGAGUGUGUUUCUACCGCUUCUUUUUCUAUCUCUUUGAAUGGUACAUUACAUGGUUUCUUUAAUGGUAUGCGUGGCAUUAGGCAAGGGGAUCCAAUUUCCCCUUUGCUCUUCGUUGUAUGCCUUGAAUAUUUCUCGCGCCUCCUUACCAUCAAAAGCAUGGAUUCGAGGUUUAAUCACCACCCGCUAUGUGGCUCGUUGGGAAUAACUCACUUGGCAUAUGCGGAUGAUCUCAUGCUCUUCUCGAGAGGAGACAAAUAUUCCAUUGGAGUAUUGGUCGAUGCUCUUAAAGAGUUUGGAGAAGUCUCAGGCCUUAGGGUUAACCAUAAUAAAUCCAAUAUUUUCGUGGGAGGGGUAAAUGGGCUGGACUUACAAAACAUAUUGGACCUCGUUGAUUAUGGUCGUGGAGUAUUCCCGAUGAGAUACCUUGGAAUCCCACUAGCACCGCUAAGAAUCUCUGUGGCAUAAUAUGCCCCCCUUCUUGAUACGAUAAACGAUUUUCUAAACGCAUGGAACACAAAGACGAUCUCCUAUGCCGGUAAACUAGAGCUAAUACGAUCUGUGAUCCAAGGGGUCCAGUCGUUUUGGCUCCAAGUUUUCCCGAUUCCCCAAACUAUUUUGGAUAGGAUAGUAUCGAUCUGUCGAAUAUUCUUAUGGGGUGGUAAGUUUUCGAAAGUAGCUUGGGAAGACAUUUGUCUCCCAAAAGAGGAAGGAGGACUUUGCAUUCAUAAUGCUAAGGUAUGGAAUCACGCCCUCCUCUCUCGUACUUUAUGGGAUGUUCAUAUGAAGAAGGACACCCUUUGGGUCAAAUCGGUGAACGGUGUAUACCUUCAAGGUAGAACCGUG